UGAGGUGUUUUUGGUCUCAUGGGUUUAAGGGCUCAUGUAUUUUGCAAUAGUUGGGGUUAAAUUGAACUCCUUAUCUGGUUGAUGGAUUAUCAGCUUUCUAUUUUUGUGGAUACUCUGCAUCUUUUUCGGAAUUUUAUGGCUAAAUUCCUUUAAGGGUUGAUGGGCAUUGCUUUUCUGGUUUCCUUUUUUUUUAUGUGAUUUUAAGAUUAUUUCUGUAAGCAGAUUUUUAUGAUGCUGUAUUGUCUGUCCCCCAUCUCUGUAACUCUGGAAUUUCUUGUUCAACUUUUGGGUAGUUAAAAGUUUACAUCUUGUCCCGAUUGUUUUUCCAAUUGUUCAUAAGGAGGCACACUUUGUUUACUUCUGUUUACUUAAGACCUCAGUUGAAGUCCAUGGAAGUGGAGUACUUGAUAUUUAUCCCUUUUUAGUUACUCAGCUGGAUCUAUUUACUGUUUUUAGUUGGUUGUUUAAAAGCUUAAGAUUGCUUAACCGAUUGACCUUUUGCGGUAUGAAAAGCUUAUCCCUUGGUUGCAUUUUUUGGCAAUGGAAACUGGAAGUAAAUAACCAAAUUGUAGCGCCGCCUAUGUAAUUUCUCUGUGUGCAAAAUUCAGCGAUCUAAAGCUCUUUUUUGGAGUCAAAUACCCAGAUUGAAGUUAUCGCGAAAUACUAAUUCUCUAAUAAAUUGGCUGCAAUUGCCUAUGUAUUUUCUCUGUGCGCUCGCUUUUUUGAUGUCAACCUGAUCUUUCCAAGAAUCAGUGUGACUGUUUUUGAGGUGAAGAAUUCAUGGCUUAGGACUUAGGAGCUCCAUCCAGAACAGAGUGAUAUUGGAAGGUUUCGGGGAAGAAUGUGAAAUAAAAUUUUCAGUGGAAUUCACAGGUAAUUGUUGACAGAGAUGGUUUUCUUGUGCUGGUUUCGGCCAUCUCCUCAAGAACAGAAGGCUUGCAUUGAAAAGUCUGGGUCCUUCAACUAUGGCCCUGUGCAUAGAGGAGCUAGUGCUAAAUCAGUGUCUAGCCUAAAAGAAGACCAGGAGUUCUCAAAAGAGGGAUUCCUAAUCAAUCAUUCUCGAGUUUUGGUUGGUUCAGGUCAUGAAACUUUCGAGAAAGGCAAGGCGGCUCUUCAAAUGUGGAGGCAUUUUGGAUUGAAUUGGGCAUUUGUUCAUCCCAAGACUCCUAUUCGAGGUGGAGAGAAGUUUUGUGUUUGUGUGAAGGAGUUUCUGCCAUGGGUCUUGAUGCCUCUUCAGGUUGUCUAUGUGAAUGAUAGCAGAAAUGCUAAAAAAGGUUUCGCGUCAUUCGGGUUUGGAAGCGGCACCCUCCAUGGCCACCUACUGGCUGGGGAAGAACGUUUUACAAUCGAGAUUGACGAUAAAAGUCAAGUGUGGUAUGAAAUUCUUUCCUUCUCAAAGCCUGCUCACUUUCUUUCCUUCAUCGGAUAUCCAUAUGUGCAACUCAGACAGAAGUACUUUGCUCAUCAAUCUAGUACUGCAGUUAGAAAGCAUGUGACUACUCUGUAACUUGUAUUGUAUGUAAGACAACAAAAUUUAGUGUCACAAAAUGUUAGUUGUUGUUAAGUAUUUUGUUCGUAAUUUGAUUCUCAGAACUUCCUUUAUUUUUAAUGAUUUCAACCUUAACAA